CGUGUGAGAGAGCGUGUCAGGUCUGUAAAGAUGGCGGCCUGUGCUUUACGCAGGGGCUUGCUGAGCACUGUCAGUAAAUACAACAAAAAACACGCACACAGGAUACUGAGCGCGGUUGACAGCAGCAGCGGGUUUGAGGUGUACAGACCGAGGGUACAAUGCCGAGCCUGCGGACUGUCCGGUGGUGUCCAGCAGAGGAGGUUUAUGUCGUCACGGAACAGGCCUGAAGGGAAGAUUUUGGAGACAGUCGGAGUGUUUGAGGCCGUGAAGCAACAUGGGAAAUAUGAAACAGGACAGCUCUUUCUCCACAGCGUGUUUGGCUACAGAGGCAUCGUCUUGUUCCCGUGGCACGCCCGACUCUAUGACAGAGAUAUCACCCCUCCCAUGUCUGACAGCAAACCAGACCCCCCCGGAGCACAUGGCUCCAAAGAGGUGAAGGGGAAGACCCACACCUAUUACCAAGUCCUGAUUGACACCAGGGACUGCCCUCACAUAUCUCAGAGGUCCCAGACGGAGGCAGUGACAUUCCUGGCCAACCAUGAUGACAGCAGAGCUCUGUACGCCAUCCCAGGUCUGGACUAUGUGAGCCAUGAAGACAUCCUGCCCUAUAACUCAGCAGAGCAGGCCCCCAUCCAGCACGAGCUGUUUGAGCGCUUCCUCAUGUACAACCCUGCCAAAGCUCCUCCAUUCACAGCCAGAGACACCCUGAAGGCGUGGCAGGAGAAGAACCACCCCUGGCUGGAGCUGUCAGACGUCCACAGGGAGACCACCGAGAACAUCCGCGUCACCGUCAUCCCCUUCUACAUGGGCAUGAGGGAGGCUCAGAACUCCCAUGUUUACUGGUGGAGAUACUGCAUCCGUCUGGAGAACAUGGGCAACGAGGUGGUGCAGCUGAGAGAGAGGCACUGGAGGAUUUUCAGCCUGUCAGGAACUCUGGAGACGGUCAGAGGCCGUGGAGUCGUCGGCAGGGAGCCGGUGUUGUCUAAAGAACAGCCUGCCUUUCAGUACAGCAGCCAUGUGUCUCUACAAGCCCCCAGUGGGCACAUGUGGGGGACAUUUCGUAUUGAGAGAACGGACGGCUCCCACUUCGAUGUUCGCAUUCCCCCUUUCUCCCUGGAGAGCAACAAAGACGACAAAGCGCCCCCUGCUGGCUACACAUUCUAACCACAAAUAGCCACCUCCAACUGCGUGUACAACCCCGGACACACUUUCAGUCCUGGUCCUGUCUGGGUUUUUUUUUAAAUCCUCCUCAUGCCUCAGCCUUCAGCAUAAGACUAGCGUCAGUCAGGUUUAUGCAAAGGGAAUAUAUGUAUAACAAUUUCCAGAUCAUCUCCUCAUCAGGUCGCCCUUUUUCCUGAGUGAGCACAACAGCAGUAUGACAUUGAUUCAAUCACAUAGGGUAGAAAACGGCCUGCAGUUUGUGCGUCUUCACUUCAUGCUGAGUUUGAAGAUGUGCACAGUCAAGUGGAAGAACAUUGGAAGGCAGGGAGGGCAAAUAUUGUUGCCAUGCUGAGCUGCACAUGUUUGCAUCAAAUAGCUGAAAUAUCGAGCAGGAUGUUUCUUGUCUGGGAAUUUUUUUCCCUGCUGAGUUCUGAGUUAAUGAAAAGAGCAUCGACUCUGGUUGAGUGUCACACUGAGGCGGCAGCUGGAAACACAAAGCCAUCACUUCGACUUCAUGUCACAAACUCCUCCUCCCGCUGAUGUUCUCCUUUUGAAUUACUGAAGACAUGACUUUUAUCCUGGACUUUUCCACAUCAUGUUUAAUUUUGACACUAUUCUAUGACAGUUUAGUAAGUUUAAUCACACCCCAGUGAGUCACUUGUGAGAGGGGAAUCAGAUUGACGUCAGCGCCUGUAUUCUUUUUCAUUUUUACAAUAUUGAAGCACAGGAGGAUGAAUCUUAGCAGAAAAGGACUCUUAAUCAAACUGAACCUCUAUGAAAAAAUGAAGAGAAGAAGAAAAGUAAUAUUUUUAUCAGGUGUAAUUUGUGAUACUCCCGUCAUAUUGUUUAAGGAGGCUCUAUCUUAUCUUUGUGACGACACUGUAGCAGCUGUCAAGCCUCUGAGAUGCAGCUUUAUUCAACCCAUUAGGUCACUCUUCACACCUUAACUGCACACUGCUCUCUGUUUAAAUGAUCACAGUUUCAUAAAAAGACUCAACAGCUCCAGAUGUAACACUAGUAUGCAGACCUGAUUAUAAUAUUUGUAUUUCAGAACAUUUUUGAAGGGAUUUUGUUCCUUUUGCACACAGAGAACUACCUCUCUUAAAAACUUUCUUCUAGAAACUCUAAAGUUCAAUCCACUGUGCUUCAGUGUUGAGAAAGAUGAAAUUAAAAACGAUGAAGUGAACCCUUUUAUUAGAAGUGAACUGUUUGUCUUAACGGCCAAAAAAUAUCCCUUCCCUUGCUGGAAAAGCGGUAGGGAGCGGGUCUUAGCUGUCCUGGGAUAACAUGCAGCAUACCGUAAAGUAAUUAAACAAAGCGGCUAGCAGCCAGAGGAGUGUUUGUGUUUGUGUGUGUGUUUGAAAUGUCUACUUUCUUUUCUCUCUCUCUCUCUCUUUGUUUUAAACACCUGAAUGAAGUCUUCAUCCUGCACACAUACAAACAUGCCGUCUGUCUUUUGUUAAGGCUGAGCGCUCGACUUUUCAAACUUCUGUGACGAGAAACAUUAUGAGCCUAAAAGUUCUCUGCUAAGGUGAGGAAGAGAAACUAACAUCUGUGUUUUGACAAGUGAUUUGAAGCUACUAUGAUGGUUAAAAGACUACUGUAAAUAGAGAUGUAAUUAAAGGCUAAACUAAUAAAUAUACCUUUUGAAAAAUAAA